UCUAAACCCAGGAAACCAAUGAACUAACUGUUAUUUACGGUCAAAUUAGUUGCUCUAGUUAUUAAUAAUGACUGAUAUUGGUAUAUAGUAAUUCCUUUACUGGAUCACAUGAGAAAAAUAACUCAGGAAUCGAUCAAGAUGAAUUGCACGUCAGCCUACGUUUCCGAUUUUUUUCUCCCUCGCGGAUCCUUUCCACACGCCUAUGGUGCAAUAGAUGGACAAAGUUUAACGCACUCGAGCUACAAAUUCCUUUCGCUAUAGCAAAAGAGAGAAGAGGAGAUAUGUCGGAGUACGAUGAGCGUAACAACUGUGUGUCAAAUAUGUAUUUACCAAGUUGUACAUAUUAUGUUUCGGCGCCUGAUUUUUCAUCAAUCUCCUCGUUUUUACCCAAGACUACUUCGUGUCAAAAUAAUUGUCCUUAUUCUUCCAACAUAGCUCAAGUCCGACCUGUUCGAGGAGUGGCUUUCAGAGACUAUGGACUGGAUCACCCAAGCAAAUGGCAUUACAGGGGCAAUUACGCUUCUUACUACUCAACGGACGAGAUAAUGCACGGAGACUUAAUCCCGUCAUCGAACAGGGCGGAAAUGAUAUUAAAAAAUGAUUCAUUGUACGGGCAUCACAGCGGUAUGAACUCGCCAUGCAAUUUAUUCACCAAUGUCGGCCGAAAUGGGGUUCUUCCACAAGGGUUUGAUCAGUUCUUCCAGACUGUUAACUCUGAAAAGCCCAACUCUGGGCCCGAACACUCAAAACAGAAGGCAGACUCCAGUCUCCCCGGAGAUGCUGCAUGUAAUAAACAGACUUCAGACCCAACUGAGGACAUAGACGAACAUGAUUAUUCUAUAUCAAACUGCCCCGGGGACAAGAACAACAGCCCAAGUUCGUCAAAGUCCAGAAAAAAGAGAUGCCCCUACUCAAAAUUCCAGAUCCGAGAACUUGAACGAGAAUUCUUCUUCAAUGUGUACAUAAACAAGGAGAAGCGGCUCCAGUUGACAAUGAAGUUAAACCUGACAGAUCGACAAGUGAAGAUUUGGUUCCAGAACAGAAGAAUGAAAGAGAAAAAGCUAAACCGGGACCGGUUUCGGUAUUUCACUGGAAAUCCUUUAUAUUGAUCUUUUGCAUUUAGAGGAGCCAUAAGUGCUUCACAACUCUUUUUUUGUUGGUACAUCUGUGCGAUGUACAAACAACAGUUGAAACACCGCACAACAAAACUGAACAUUGCAAACAGGCUGAAUCUAUCUAUGCAACUCUUUUUGUAUCUUCCACUUAAAUACUUACCUCAAUGAACACAUGAAUCCUGUUAUUUAAAAUAAGAUUCAAUCCAGUGUCGAAAUCAUCCAGGAGACCUCGACAUAAUGUUCAUUUGCAUAUUAUUACGGUAAUUAAUUGUAAUAUCUAGGCUAUGUAGGCAUAUACCUUACUUUUGUACAUAUUUAAGUUUUAAGUUUACACGGUAUGUGCUUUGGUGGAUUCACAAACAUUGCAGUAAGCAACGCGUACUUUGAUUACAGUAAUUAAUGAGUGUAAUAAGUCAUUUACAAUAGUAGAAUUGUGUAUGCAUUUAAUAGACGCAUGUUAUGUAUAUUGUGGUAUCAAAUAAAGUACACAUGGUAAAUGUA